UAAGUCGUCGCGUAGACCGACGUCAGCGUACGUGUCCGGUCGCGCCGCUGUGGCUGGAAAUUUUCUUGUGGAAGUAUGGAGACUUUAUUCAGUGUUCCGUUCGCUGUGCUGGAGUGUCCGAACAUUAAACUGAAGAAACCGUCAUGGCUGCACAUGCCGUCGGCCAUGACCGUGUACGCGGUGGUGAUCGUGUCCUACUUUCUCAUCACAGGAGGAAUCAUCUAUGAUGUUAUUGUGGAACCACCAAGUGUGGGUUCAAUGACAGAUGAACAUGGACACCAGCGGCCAGUCGCCUUUUUGGCGUACAGAGUAAAUGGGCAAUAUAUUAUGGAAGGACUGGCCUCCAGUUUCCUCUUCACAAUGGGAGGUCUGGGAUUUAUAAUCCUGGAUCGCUCCAACGCUCCCAACAUUCCCAAACUGAACCGCUUCCUGCUGCUCUUCAUUGGGUUCGUCAGUGUCCUGCUCAGCUUCUUCAUGGCCAGAGUGUUCAUGCGCAUGAAGCUGCCAGGAUACCUUAUGGGUUAAGGCCACAAAUAGAAGCAAUAAAAAAGUUGGCGUUCCAAA